UAUUUGUUGAAAAGCCGGUUCUGAAGCCGCUUCUGAGAUCGAUUCUCAAAAUCAAAUUCGUUCUCGAUCCGACAACGCUAUCGUUCGGCAGCAAUUACUAUUUUCUGUUCCGGCGCGAUGUGACGUGCAAUGCAACGCGACUAGAUGCGAUCGAAUCGAAUAGAUACCCGCAUCAGGUUAUUUACCAUUUACGGAUAUACCCGGUUAAUCGUUCGACAUUUCGUACGUUCCGUUCUUUCGAUUUUCGACUCCCAUUAUCAGACAUAUCUCCAAAAAGGAUAAAGUUCGUUUUUCAAAAUCAAAUUGGUGAUCGCAAACGGUCGAUUCGAACUUGUUUAGAAUACAAAGAGUAUUUUGAACGAGUGCGAUUACGAAUCGUGGAUAAAAGCAUCGUGGUGGCGCGCAAUCGCGAUUCCGUCGUGGGUGUACAUGUUACGAAUGAUCCAGGAAUCGAUCAGCUUUCAUUCUGACAGUUUAUCGGGAAUAUCGAUAUCUUGGGAAUUAUUCACGUUUCGUUUUUCCCCCGUCUUUUAAUUUCAAGUGUUUCUUAGAAAUGUUGCUUUCGCCGCGAAAUUCCGCGUUUUUGUAAGAUAUCGUCAAAAAUUGGUUUGACAAAUGCACUCGCUUAUCUUUUCGACUAUCCAAAUAUUUGUGCAUUUCACCCUUGCUAUUCCCGAUUUAUAUGUCACGAUGGAAAAGCGUUCUUUCUCGAAAGUAUACUCGUGACACUUGAAAAUUAACGUACGGAUACGCGGUGCAUUUUGCCACUCUUCUACAAUGUCCUUGCGCGCCUCCUUCGUUAAAGACUCGCGUAAAAGUGAACGACAACGAAACGAAGGUCGCUCGAAUCAGCUACUCCUUCAAAGCUCAUUGCUUUUUUUUCUUAUGAGAAAAAAUUAUGUUCGUUCGUUCGUUUGUUCGUUCGAAGGGGAAAAGUUGGUAAAAAUGUUUUUCCAAACGAAACGACAUCUAUACUCUCUUUACUUAUGAUUCGAAAGAAUGUUGCUCAACGUUCGUUGCGACAGUCGGAGUAGCACGAGACGAUUCUACUAGAAGGUAAAGAUUUACCGUUUAUCGUUAUAAAUGUUGACAUCCAAGAGAACGCAACAUUUCUUGGCCAUCGGAUUCCUGUCCCUUCCAUCGAAUUGUAAUAUGAGAAAUCUUUUUAUCGUUUAAACUUAAAAACUGAUGAUGAGUAAGAGGGUAGGAAAAAAGAAAGAGAAUGGUGCAAAAAAGGAUGCUACAAGUAAUGAUGAAGUGCGGCGAGGUGUCCAGGUGAAAACAGAAGAGAACAGAAGAGAGGAGAUGAGAAGAGAAGAGAAGAGAAGAGAAAAAUUGGUUCACUCUACAUAGGAAUAGAUCCAACAACGGCCACGUGUUUCGUCUUUGAUCGUUUCACGGUAGAUCGGCCAUCCGAUAUGGCCUCGCGUUCACGAAUACCCGAUCUGGUUCGAUCGUUUGCCCCUCAACCUAUACAGAAACUAGUACGUUCGAACCACGACCUUUUCCCUUCUUCGGUUUUUCCUUCCAUGUUCCUGCGAAGCUCGUACCUUCGUUUGCCGGCCGUUCUUUCGAUAAAACGAGAACGAAACGCGCUCACCACCCUGGAAAUGGAGUUGCUCUCUUCCUCAGAAGCGAAAUCCUUCCAUUCCACGUCUAGCGAAACGUAACACGGAGUCGUGAUAAAAAUCGACGAACGGACUGCACACGACUACACGCGAAGACACGAUUGCCCAUGUGAAAAUCGAGACAGGCCUUGCGUUGUGAUACCGUCGUUUCUUAUCGUCCAUAAAAUUCUGCAAUUAAAUCGAUUCGCAAGGAAGAAAAAGAAAGAAAGAAACAAACAAACAAACAAAAAUGAUUCAAUUGUAAUUAUCGUAAUUAAAUCGACUCUGUCGAAAAGCCCAGUUGAAAAAGUCUAUUAAAAAAAUCCGUAGGCUUGCAUAAGGUGGUACGCGUUACAAGCUAAGGCGAAACGAUUGUGGGAGGGAAACACGAGUUGACCAAAGUAACGAUCCCUUCGGUCGCGAAGGACGUUAGACCUAAAGGUUGUCGUAAAAGUGCACGAUUCCUACGCUGUACGAAGCCUCCUUUCGAGUUCAUCGUAUUCGAGAAUUCUCGCGCAAAACAUGGAUCGAGUAAUAUGUAACGCGAUGGAUAUUUACUGUGAAAAGACGAGUUUCUUCUGUCACCGUGACGAACGACCACCGACUAACGAAUCGGUAAAUGUAACGAUCUUCGAUCGUAGAUUUCUACGCGUAUAGUUCGAUUAAGCACAUUCCUCUUUGUAUAAGUACACUUGUAUGGAUCUCGAUAAGAUUUGCGAGAAACGUACUAGCCACAGUCUGAUUGAAAUAAUUUAUCAGAUUUUAACAGAUUCAUUCUAGUGGUUAGUCGUUAGUUAUUAGUUGUUAUUUGUUAGUCGCUGGCCGUUAGUCGUUAGUUGUUAGCCGGCUCUUUUAUCGGUAAAUUACACGACGUGAUGAGAAAGAAGCAACGAAGCGAGGAUUAACAACGGACAGAUAAUCGGUCAAGCGAACGAGCAACCUGGAAACGUCACAGCAAGAUAAAUCCGGUCGAACAUUAUCGAGAGUAGACACGAGCUUGCUGUAAACAAGCCACCGUGGCCCAGUGCCUCGCAGCACCUCAACGCCUCAACGCCCCAACGACCCAACGACCCAACGACGCAACGACCCAACGUCCCAACGUUCUAACGCCUCAGCGCUCCAACGCUCAACGCCCCAACGCUCGAAUGCCUCGAGACCCUAGCUCUUUUGCAUUCGUAGCGCCUACCUAGCAUUCUUUCCUCCUCAUUACCAGUGUUGUACAGGCACACCAUCGAUCGUUAAGAUGUCAAAUUGCUCAUCUUUUUCUCUAUACGAUUCAAGAAACAGAGUCUUAGUUGAGGAAUUCCAAGAAGAAUGACAAUCAGUAGCGUCACAGGUAACUUUGUUCACAUGCUCGAAACAGAGAAUGAAAAAGAAAGAGAACGGAAAGGAGAAGAAAGAAAUUGCGAGAAUCAGAGCCGUUCAAUGAACCAGACGAGAUAGCGUCGGAGAAAUUAUAACUAGAAAUACUCAUUUUAUCGGAGUGACUCGAUUUUGAGAAAAGCGAUGCGUCCGCUUUGGAAACUUACUGGCUUCGCGUGAACAAUUCGAGAACAAUUGGCAAACAAGGUCGCGGAAUCCGAUCCCCCCAAAAGCGUGGCAGCGAUACGACUCACAGUGGUCGCGUUCGUCAAAGGUAAUUUAGCUGGCAUUCGCGAACCACCGAUAAACGCGAAACGAACGGCUUUCGAUAUCCGUAGCGACGAUCGGUUUUCGACCGAAGGUGUCGCCUCGCUCCAUUUUCGUGAAAUGCGAGAACCGGAGACUACGUCAUCCUCGAGUCUCCGUUGUUGCGCUAGCUUUUCAACUUUUAUCAUAUGUAAAUAUGACAAGCGUAUUGCAAGUAUUACUAGUACUACGAGUACACUGGUGUUUUUGCGACAGGUGAUUCAAAACGCGAUGUAUUCGGCUCGUCCUUUUUGGAUCUCUAUAUACGCGAUCGAGGUGCCCCGAUAUCCUUUCCCGUUUCUUCUCGGAUCAAAUUUCGUCCAAAUCGAUGCGAAUCGAACGCGAUAAGGGGCUACGUGUUUACGAUAUCGAAAUUGCGAAAACGACACGACAAAAAAUGGAAAAAAACGCGUGAGAAAAUAUCCUUCUCGAAUAACUGGCAAUUAAAAGCAUCGUGUACCGGGUAACAUGGAAUGAUUUUCAUCGAAACAUUUUUAAUUGGACCACAAUUACCAGCAUGAUUUUACAACCGAAUCAAACCGUGCUGAAUCGCACUGAACCGUACGAAACUGUACUCCGGAAACGUAUACCAUGAUAUCGUUUCCACCGUUGCAUACGAUUGUUACAGGCGACGAUGGUUAUCGACCGAUACGAGACAAACGACGCUGAUCCAUUCCAACGAGCACGAUUCGUGGCCUCGACGACCGAUGCACUAAUUAGGACUAGCGGAUAACAGCCACUCUAAUCUAUCACCUUAACAAGUGUUAAUUUUUUGCUUUCUACACGUUACUGGUUCGAAGUCACCUCUUUUGUUGCAGAUUUUCUUGUCGUUAUCUCGUCGUCGUCAUAAUUAUCGCAAUAAUUAAUCGUCAGAAUUAUCAUAAACAAAUGUGAAGAUAGCACAGAAAUAAAUGUCCAGAUGAGAAGUGCGUAGAAAAUAUAUUAAAAGUACAAAAACAAAGGAACGUAGAAAAUACAAAUUACUAAUUAGCGAUUAAUGCUGGAAGAGUGCUGAUCUGUUCAAUAUACAAUAUAAAAACAAUUAAGGAAAACCGAAUAGUUGGUAUUGUCACGGGAUACAAUGGCUAUUCGUGUCGAUGCAAUUGUAUUUUAUAUAUGGAGUGUGGUGCACGCAAGCGUGGAAUAUGCAUUGUACUUGUUUGUGAAUCAUGUUUCCGACGGGAAAGUAGAACGAAAGCAUGAAUAUCUUAUUUUUAUCGAAAAUUCAUUCGGAAUUCAAUCGUUCGUAGUAAUCACAAUCGCAGUGGCAAUCGCAAUUGUAAUCGCAAUCGCAAUCGCAAUCGCAAUCGCAAUCGCAAUUGUAAUCGUAAUCGUAUUCUUGUUUGUACGCAUAUUGCUUUUAAAUCGAAAAUCGUUUUUCAUUUAGGGCAUCAUUCAUCAACACACGACCAAUAGACAUAACUAUGUACAAUAUCGGUUCUACUUGCGAUGCACAGCGUACUUGGUGGCUAUCUAACCGCGAACCACGAACCGCGAAUCUCGGACCACGAACCACCAGGACAUUUAGCAACGAUAGCCAGUUGAAUUGGUUACGCAAACACGAUAAAUUAAUUCAUGGGAAUUUCGUGAAGAUAUCGUUUUGUUGUCGCAACGUAUUGUAGUUGGCGGGUCUUGGUUAGGUCUUGGCAGUCCUGUAGCUUGGUUGAUUGCAACUACUUCCUCGACGUAUAGUUCGAUUAAACAAAAAAAAAGUUCCGAUCGAUCCAAGUUUUGCGCCACGCAUCGAACCGUCGUGCAGAACCCUUUCUUUUCUCGUCUCUCGUUUCUCGUUUCCCGUUUAACUUCGUAACGACGGGAUCAGGAUCGCAACUACGACCACGAGCAUCGAACGUAAUUCCAUCGUCGGCCAACGGCAAAAGAAACAAUCGAACCCGAUGCUAUCGGUAGGCAGCCGAGCACAAAGCGGGCGUCGAGAACUGGUAACGCGAGUCCUUUCCGUUUCGUUUCGUUGUCAAUCCAUUGUGGUGGUGUCUGUUGGCGGAGGAGCUCGUUUAAUCGACGCUAAGCGCUAAGCAACGCAAACCGACUCUUCCCAACGUCGUGUCUACUUAGUUUAUACGGUGGGUUGCAGGAAUUGGACUCGAGGUACGCUGGAUAAAAGUCUCGAUAGCGAUCGAAGCCGCGUCGAAAGUACCGCGAGUCGCAAGAAAAUCAAGUUAACCUCGAGGAAUCGAGUCCAAUCAGUCGAGGAGGAAGGGUAGCGAAGAAUCUCGGGAGUAAAAAGGGAAAAUAGAGGAGGCGAUAUUAGGUUUGUAGAGGAGAUUGCUCAUCUAAUUCCACAAUCCCGGCUAGUGGUAACGGUACGGGGGAGCCGUUAAUCGUGGAUUCGAGGCCCACGAUCUCCGAAGCAACCGGCUACCCUCGGCUAAUGCCUUCUUGAUCGGUUCGCUUGGUUCUCAAUCGCGGUCCCGUUUAUGGUUCCUCGUCUCGAAUAGAGGAAACAGAGAGUAUAGAGAGAACAGAGAGAAAGAACAAAAGAAACAAUAGUAGCAGCGACAUGGCCGAUCUUGAGAGAAUCAGAUUAGUAGUAUUGGGUGGCGCCGGGGUCGGGAAAAGUUCGAUGAUACGUCGUUUGCUUGGUCAAGGGUUCAAUGAAAGGUACAAACCUACCGUCGAAGACCUUUAUUCCAGGGAAUGCGUGUUGGGUACGCUCACCUUGAAGGUGGAUCUGUUGGACACGGCAGGCGAUUUGCAGUUUCCGGCUAUGAGAAGACUCAGCAUAGCUACAGCGCACGCGUUCCUAUUGGUCUACGCUACAACUUCGAUGCCCAGUUUCGAAUGCGUCAAGCAAUGCUUCGAAGAAGUCAGAGAACAACGGUCCGACUUUCAGGACGUGCCGAUAGUCGUCGCAGGAAACAAGCUGGAUCUCGCGACUACGCGAAGGGAGGUAUCUAUCGAAGAUGUCAGCGAGUGGCUGUUUUGUAAGCUGCCGAAACUUCGCGUGAAAGUGAUGGAAUGUUCGGCCAAAGACGAUUACAAUAUCAAAGAUGUUUUCCGAUGUUUCAUCACCCUAUCGAAAAUCGUGCCAAAAAAUCACGCUGGCGAGUCGGAAGAAUCGGGUCUCAGACGAAGAUGUUCCGCCUAUGGAUCGCGCAGGUCUGGCAGUCCACACGUCAGAGCGGGAGUCACGGGUGUAUCCGGAGGAAAUUCUCAACAAACGGUCGCACCCCAAUCUUCGAGCGUAGUCGCUGGCAACGAGGAGGUCAAGAGUAAACCGCGCAGUCGUAGUUUAAUCAGACGCGCCUCGCGGAAAACGAAACAACAGAUCAGGGACACCCAUACGGACGACUGCAACAUUUCCUAACUCGAUCGUGUUACCUACCAGUUGACCGACUCUCCGUUCCCAUGCGCUCUCUCGUAGAUCGGAUUUUCACGGGAGAUGGAAAUGGUGUUUGCUCCCGAGAAAGAGUAUCCAUCCAUUCGGAUAGCGUUUCUCUCAUUUCGUUACGAGUCGGCAGAUUUCCAAACGAACAGCAAGACUGUGUCGAUCGUUGCAAAUCGUUCGAAAGACCAUCACUGCUACCGACCAUGGACGCGACCUAUUCAAAUGACGAAAAGAAACAACAAUAUUGUCCAACGAUGUAACGGUUUCGGUAAAAGUUACCGAAAACAACAUCCAGCCUGAAACAAUUCGGACCGAGCGUGUCCCGAAGUCCCGACAAAUAUCCUCUCCGUCCUUUUCUUGCAAGUACAUAUAUACGUACACGCGUAAGCACGUGCACAGCUUACCACCCGCGACACGUACCAAUUCGCACCGGUGUUCCGUGCUUUUCUCUUUUUCAACAACUGCAACUGAUCGGUAUCUCUGUACGCGAAUCGCGUUGCAGGAUUUUUGAUCGUAAACGCACAUUGCAUCCAACGAAUCAGAGUUUGGACUUUGCUCUGUAUGCUUUAACUUUGAAAUUCAUCGAGUCCGCUACACUGUCGCGCCACGCUACUUCGGCCAAACGAAGAACGAACGAUAACGUUGCUCGAAAAAUGGUAACGCGCGAUGAAACACCAUUUCCUCGUGUUCACUCUUGUGCAAAACCGGAUAAACCAAUUUACAUCGUACGAAACGAAAUCAAACUAUUCCUCCUUUCUAGAAGCCCGUGUGUGUCGUUUAAGCCAGUUGUAAAUCGCUCCAAAUGCAAAUAUGCAAUAUCACUUUUGAACGUGUAACACACGCACACCUGCGUCCAGUACGUAUAUAUGUAUUCUUCGUCGCUCACGAGAUGAUCCUUAGGAUAGCACAGGAUCAAGACGGGUCUCGCGCUAUGUACCUUCCUUACGUGCUAUUUACUUUGAUAAGGUGCAACCACGUCGACGAAUAGCGAGUUAGCAUCGAAAAUGAGACGAAAACAAAUCAAAACUGAACAAUUAGACCCGCCUUCUUUCCAGAGAUCAACUUGUGAACAGCGUUCGGUAUGCGUGUACACCGUGCGAUAUAUUUCUUUCUAUCAUAUGCGCGGUAUACGCGCGAGUCCGUGAUCCUCGUACAAAUACCGUCAGACCAAUUUUAUCAAAUAUAUAUUUUCUGACCAUUUGUUCCUCUAAACUGUAAGCACAAAGCGAUCUCCUGCAUUCUCUCGGAAUGCAACAAUAUUCUUCUUCGUCGUGCAUACAUAAAUUCGAUCCAUCUACUACACGAUUUCGAGCGCGUUAUAAAAACAAGCUAUAAAAAAGACAAAUAUUUUUAUUACUAAACGUUGAAAUUCCUUGCUCUUCCUGUCUUAAUUCAUCGUGUCUUUGUCCUCGAAUCAUACGUGAACCUAUUGUGGCGCCAUUAUUUUGUCCUAGCACCAUCUUUUGUAUUAUAACGUUCCUCUGUGGUUAUGUAAAUAUCUGAAGGAAUGAACGGUGUAUCGAUAUUGAACAAAAUUAUAUCGUUAAAUACAAUGAAUGUAAAUAAACGAUCAUAAAUAUAGUUCAAAACAUGUAAUAAAUAUGUAUUUUAACGCGAUCAGAUAAGGUCUUGCUUCUAUUCCGUACAUAAAUUAUAAUCUUGUUGUUUUUUCUUUUUGCUGACGCUACUGUCGUCAAUACUGUACUGUUUAAAUGCCGACGAGGACGACUGUGACAAAGAUGAUGUUUACGAGGAAACUUCAAUUUCGGUGUACGGUGUUUUCAUUGAGGAAACUUAUUUGCUAUGUCAAUUUCGAAGUCGACGUCGUUGUUGUCAUAACUCGUGAUAUUUCCGUAAAAUAAAGUAAUAAUAACGAGGAAAUAUAUUAUAAACAAACAUUGCGGGAAAAAACAAAAAAUAAAUAAACAAACCAUUCAAGAAGAAAUGGUAGUGACAUUGGAAUUGGUGUCUGAAUUACAUCCGUUAUCAGUUCCAUAAAACAGACAUUUGAAGUGUUGAAUAUAAGCCUGACAGUGUUCUCCUUUCGCAAAAGCCGUUGUGUUAUGCAACUUUAAAUUACGUUGUUCGAAAAAUUUGAAAACCGAAUAAAACAAGGUGGCAUCCUCUGUAUUUUUUGCCGCUUCCAAAAGUUUCCUGGCGGAAACUUGAUCAACCAUACCAACGGAUCGGACAUAACUGAAAUGAAAACAAAUAUAAAAAGGAAAUGUAGGAAAGAAAGAUUUGACAUGGGUAGCGUAACAUGCGGUGCGUAGAAAUUUACCGUAGCGCUUGUAAAAUGUGUCCUUUUGAGAGAAGAACUUCGAUUAUUUCCUCAUGCGCAUUCCCCAAUCUUUUCAGCAUAUCCAAGGCGAGCUGAUGGGCAGCUGGAUAAAGAUUUUCUAAUGAAAGCAAAAGACAUGCUAAAGGCUUUGAAUCAGCGACUACAUGAUACUGCAACAACUGAUGAAGUUGAUAGUACGCUUUCCGCUGCACUAAUGUUGUAAUCACCAACUCAUGUAAGUAAUGCUGCACGGGUAUUCCGUGCUCUGCCAACGAUCUAAAACGGAAGAAACGUUAUAAAUAUUCAACCCUUUGCACUCGAAAAUUAUUUUGCUAGAUGUAUUCCUAAUUUU